AAGAGAAUGGAAAUUGGAAACAGUUCAUUAGUGACAGAGUUUAUCCUUGCAGGUUUAACAGAAUAUUCAAAGAUCAAGCUCCCCCUCUUCUUCUUCUUCCUAGGAAUCUACAUUGUCACUGUGGCAGGCAACCUAGGCUUGCUCAUUCUAAUUGGACUGAAUUCUCCCCUCCACACGCCUAUGUACUACUUCCUCUUUAAUUUGUCCUUUAUUGAUCUAUGCUAUUCUUCUGUCAUCACCCCAAAACUGUUGAUAAACUUUGUGUCAACAACGAACAUCAUCUCCUAUGGAGGAUGCAUGACUCAGCUCUUUUUCUCCUAUUUCUUUGUCAGUGCAGAGUGCUAUGUGUUGAUGGUGAUGGCCUAUGAUCGCUAUGUAGCCAUCUGUAGGCCCCUGCUUUACAUGGUCACCAUGUCCCCUCAGGUCUGUUCUUUUCUGGCUGCGAUUGUGUAUGUGGUGGCAUUCAUUGGUGCCUGGGCCCACACGGGGUGCAUGCUGAGGUUGACCUUCUGUAAUGCCAACACCAUCAACCACUACAUGUGUGAAAUCCUUGCUCUCCUGGAGCUCUCCUGCACCAGCACCUACAUCAAUGAACUGGUGGUUUUCAUUAUUGUGGGGUUUGCUGUUGGUGUGUCCACCCUCAACAUCACUGUCUCUUACACUUUCAUCAUCUCUAGCAUCCUCCGCAUUCGCUCCACUGAAGGAAGGUCCAAAGCCUUCAGCACUUGUAGCUCACAUAUUAUUGUUGUUUCUAUUUUCUUUGGGUCAGGGGCAUUCAUGUACCUUCAUCCUUCUUCUGUUUUGUCCAUGGACCAGGGGAAAGUGUCCACUCUGUUCUAUACCAUUGUGAUACCCAUGCUUAAUCCUCUGAUCUACAGCUUCAGGAACAAGGAAGUUAAAGUUGCUCUGAAGAAAAGCUUGAGUAGAAAAAACAUUUUCCUGAGUUGA